UACCAUGUUAGCCCAGUAGCUUAAAGGCUCGUUUCAAUUGUUUUAGCAGGAAGCUAAAGUAGAAAAACAACGCUUUCAUUUCGGAGAAUGCAAACUAGCUUAGCAUUCCAUUAGCUUGUUUUGCUGCAGCACAGUCAAUGAAACCCCUAAGGCUGGGAUUCUAUCUUUGUUUUUAAUGACGUGGGGACAACUGAUGACGACUUCCUGUCUGUGUUCAGGUGAUGGAGCCCACCAGGAUGAAGCUGCGAGUGCGUCGCCGCGACAAUGCGUCUGCGGACGCCACGGCGGCGGCGAACCAGGCGGACGAAGAGGAGCGUAGCCGAGAGAGCGGCCGGCGCGGCAGCAGGAGGAAAACAGGCGGAGCCACGUCGACUGCAGCCAACGCCUCCUCCUGGUCACCUCCCCCGCCGCCCACCUCCUCCUCCGCCUCGGCGCGGGCCGCCAUGGCGGUGGCCGAGGAGGCGUCGCCCGACUCCAAGUGCCCGAUCUGCCUGGACCGCUUCAAUAACCUGGCGUACCUGGACCGCUGCCUGCACCGCUUCUGCUUCCCGUGCAUCCAGGAGUGGUCCCACAACAAGGCCGAGUGCCCCCUGUGCAAGCAGCCCUUCGCCUCCAUCCUGCACUCGGUGCGCGCCGAGGACGACUUCAAGGAGUACACGCUGCGCCCGCCGCCCGCCAACAGCAGCGUGGCCGCCACCGUCGCCAUGGUGGCGGCCAUGGCCUCCGCGGCCAGGAGCGACCACCAGAUGAGGCUGAUGCUGAGGAGGCACCAGGGCGCCGACGGCGAGGAGGCGGCCACGACGGCGGCGGCGAGGAGGCGGCAGAGGGGGAGGAGGUCGGGGGUGUGGGAGUGGUACCUGGACACCCCCCCGCUCGCACUGCCGCCUCUGGCUCGCCACCCCAAUGCGUCUCCGCUUGUGGCGGAGGACAGCGAGGAGGGGGAGGAGCUUGGGGAGCGGAGGGCGAGCGCUGGGUCCGAGCUGGCGGAGCGCGGCGUGAUAUUCGAGGGCCUGACGGGACUCAGCGGCGCGGAAGCCCCCGUGGCACCCAACGACCGGGCAGCGCGGCGGCUGAUGACCCGCCUGAUGGCGAGGCGGCGGUUGCAGCGGGAGGGCGGGGCCGUGCGACGGCUGAGGGAGAGAGAGACGGUGGCGCUCCGUCGGGCGCUCUACCGCAGCGGCAUACGGGUCCGCGGCGUUGCCGGGGCUGACGGUAACCAGGGGAAACAGCGAGAAAUCACGGCGGAGAGCUUCCUCCGUAACCCCACCCACCUGAACAGGCUCCGCCCCUGGCUGCGGCGGGAGCUCACGGUGCUGUACGGGACGCACGGCACGCUGGUGGACAUCGUCCAGCGCAUCAUCAUGGCGCGGGUGGCUCGCCAUGGCCUGGAGGACACGCCCACCAUAGAAGAAGAGCUGCGGCAGUUCCUGCUGGCGCGCACCGACCACUUCCUGCACGAGCUGGUCAGCUUCGCGCGCUCGCCGCUCAGCCUGGAGAGCUACGACCUGCAGGCGGCGUACGAGCCGCCGGACGCCGCCAUGGAGCUGGACGGGACGAGCAGCUCCUCCGACGGCAGCUCCGUCAUCGCCAUCUCCGAGGGCGAGGAGGAGGCGGGGCCUGCCGGGGGAAGGUCUGACGAGCCCCCGGUGGGCGGGGCCUACGACAACGACGACGUGGUGCCAUCGGGAGGCGGCCUCAGCCUUUCAGUCUGGGAUGACGAGACUCCAGGCCCCUCCUACUCCAGCGCCGAGCCGUCCUGCUCGCUAGCCGGCCCGCUGUUUGGCCACGCCCCCAAGACCACCAAUGAGGAGCGGGGAGGCAGGGAGGAGGGGGCGGGGGGGGAGGAGGAGGAGUGUCUGAUCGUGGGGUUCAAGAAGCCGAUAGCGGAGCGGACUCCUGAGCUGGUGCAGCUCUCCUCUGACACCGACGAGGGGGAGAAGGAGAAGAAGGAGGAGACGGAGGAACUCCCUCCCCUCCCCGCCUCCGCCCUCUGUUACCUACCCACAAUCCCUCCCUCCACGUCGGGCUCCUACGGCGGCGAGCAGGAGGAGGGCGGGCCUCGUGCUCGUUCCUUGUCUGGCGGCUCCGCAGGAAGCGGCAGCUCGGUGCUCGCCGUGGGCCCGACGGCGCCCGGCGAUGGGAGGCGAGGUGGGGAGGAGGCCAAAGACAGGAGGAGGAGGAGGAAGAGGAGGAAGAGGAUUGGGCGCAAGAGGAGCGGCACCCUGCACAACCCCAACCGCUCCCUCUAUCCCGCAAUGCUGCGCCACUACUCGCGCUCCUCCUCGCCGCUCCACUCCAGCGGGUUGGGCUCCGGCUCGCCGCCCAGCCCCCCCGGCUCCACCUGGGACUCCUACCACCUCUCCCAGGUGUCCCCCUCUCUCCUCCUCCGCCUCGUCACACUCUCGUUGCUCUUCUUCCUCCUCCUCGCCCUUCGGGUCCUCCCCCCCGCCGGCGCCGGUGGCCUCGCUGUCGCCCGGGGAGGCGGCGAGAAACCCGGCGGGAAGAGGAAGUACAAGAGCCGCCACCUGGACGACAAGGACCCCACCUGGAGGCCGAGCAGCCGGGAGAAGGGGGUGGGGGGAGGGAGGAGUCGAGACAGGCAGAAGAGGAGCGUCGGCGAGAGGAGAAGCCGAGAGGACCGGAGCCCCAGCGUGGAAAUCGUCUACGAGGGCACCGCCCCCCCCCCCGCCCGCAAGCGCCGCAGGAAGGGUCAGCUCGGGGCGCAGCCCAGCAGCUCGCCGGUCAUCAUCACCUUGGACAGCGACAGCAGCCUCGAUGAUGACAGCAGUCCAAUCAGCAGCCAGAGGACCGUCGACUUCUCCGACCUCCCCCCCCUGCCGGGGCCCCCCCCCCCUCAUCCUGGACCGGGGGUCGGAGGUCGAGCCAGGGGGCCCCGUCGCCCUCGACAACAUCAGCGACGUGGACGUGGAGGGCUCGCCGCUGGGAUCGGACGAUGAUGUUGAACGACCAAUCGGAAAGAGGGACACCUCCUCCGCUGAUGUCUCCAGCAAGAGACACUCUGAGGUGUUGUCCUCUGACAGCUGUCUCCUAGCAACCAUCCUCAGCGACCUGCGGGGGAUGGCUGCGCCGGCCGCUGGCUUUGACCCC